AUGCAAGCAACAGAAGGAGGAGGCGGGGGGAGACGCUUCUGUAAACCGAGCCGCAUUUUCAGUUUACUCUUCACUCAUGUUGGCUUAGCCUGCAUGCUAGUCGUAUACGCCGUUAUCGGGGCUGCCGUGUUCCAGGCGAUUGAAGGACAGUUCGAAAUCCGGGAACGAAUACAUUUAGAGCAGACACGUAACAAUGUGUUUGAACUCAUCUGGAAUAUUACAGUAAUCGACGGCCAGGAGAAUAUCAAUUUCACCAGUUGGUCGGAGCAGGUUGCAAACAUAUUCAGAAAGUACGAGCAUGAACACAGACGAGCCGUUAUCCACGGUGUUUCCGAUGAACUGCAGCCAGUGAGAUGGACAUUUUCUGGCUCGUUAUUCUUUGCUUGUACGGUGUUCACCACCAUAGGAUAUGGACAUAUGGCACCAGAGACAACAGAAGGUCGUGCUUUCUGCAUGGUAUAUGCAUUCUUCGGCAUUCCUCUACUUAUGCUGGUCCUAGUUGAUUUGGGUUCAUUGCUUGCAAGAGGAACCAAAUUGUUAUAUCUUAAAAUAUUUCGACCGUACAUCAACAAGACAAGUGGUAAAGUGUCUUGUUUCAAGAACAAACGGGGAUCUGCAGAUAUACAGCAAAAUUCUAUUAGGGAUGAACGUGGAAUUGAAAAUCCUGUUCCCGUGAACGAGGGUGAGAAUAAUAGGAAUGAUAACAUCUUUAAAAGUGAUUAUGGCGGAGAUGUUAUAGUGAUGGAAAGCCAGGAAGGUACAACAAAUAAAAAUGACAAAGAAGAGCAUGAUGAGAUGGAUAUUCCUAUGUUGGCGAUCAUUGCCUUUGGAUUUCUAUACAUGUGUGUAUUAGCGGCACUUUUUUCAGCAUGGGAAGAAAACUGGGAUUACUUCGAGUGCUUUUAUUUCUCUUUUAUUACACUGAGUACCAUCGGGUUUGGUGAUUUGGUUCCAGAACAUCAAAAGUUCACCAUAGCAUCAUCGUUUUUUAUUCUACUGGGCAUGACUGUGAUGACGAUGUGCAUCACAUUAUCGCAGUCCAAAAUACAGCACUCGUUAACGUGGAUGGGAUGGAGAAUCGGUAUCAAACCAAAGCCCAAAGAAGACGAUGCGCAAAAAGAUGGUGGUGGUGAUGUACACGCGUAG